UAUUAUCAGAGAAUAGAUCUAUCUUUAUUAGUCGAUAAGUAAAUGGAUUAUUUACACAGAUACCGAGUCCGGACUUAAAAAAUAUGAAACGCCGAUAAUGUGGAAAUCUGUCUGAAUCGCAGUUUCGUAUACAAAGGGGCUAUUGUCACAUAGGCGGUGGAUUAGAUCAUUUAGGCAACUGUCAGUUUCUAAGAUUCAGUAUAUAAAGAUAGUUCUCUUGAUUUUUAAAUGUGAAUUAAUAAAGCAAUUUAUAUUUAGAUAUUAAGAACAUUUGUGAUAAAAUAAGUCAGGUCUCUGAAUCUUUUAAAAGUAGAGAAAUUUUAAUGAAACUUAUAUUUAUUUUUAGAAUGGCUCACUGUUCUCAAACAUAUGGGUCCACGGAUCAACGGACAGAUGUACCUGAUGUAGGAUUUAGUCCUACUGAACUUUAUAGUCUCAGUGAAAAUAUUACUACUAACAUAUAUACAAUAAAUACAAGUUGGAAGACGCUUGAACGUGCAUAUAAAAAUGUUGGAACCAAUAAAGAUAAUCAGGGUCUAAGAGAUAAGGUGCAUGUCACACAGUUAAGCACAAAUCAAGUAGUAACCCAAACCAGCAAAGACAUUGCAAGACUGACAGUGCUAAUGAGGCGAGGUGAUAAACAACAGAAGUUGCAAAUUGAGAAACUUACCACUGAUUUCAAAGAUGCAUUGCAAAGAUACUCAGAUAUGCAGAAGUCAAUUGCUGAAAAAAUGAAGAGACAUAUUUUGCUUACAACUAGUAUAGAAAAUCCUAUGGAUCCCGAGGAAGAAGAACAACAACGUUUACUUCAAGCUCAGGAAGAUGAACACAAAGUGACACAAAGGAAUCUUGAGUUCCAACAGGACAUACUGUUAGAGAGAGAAGACAGGAUAAAACGAAUUGAAGGUGAUAUUUUGGAUGUAAACCAAAUAAUACGCGAACUGGUAGCAUUGGUGCAUCAGCAAGGAGAUUCAAUCAACACGAUAGAGAAUCAAAUAGAAGAUGUCCACGUGAAUGUUGAACUGGGAGCACAAGAAUUAGUUAAGGGAAGUAAUUACCUAAGUAAAUAUCGACGGAAAGUUUUUGUCCUACUGUUACUCGUGAUUAUAGUUGCCGUUAUAUUAAUUAUUAUUCUAGUCACUAAAUUAAGUUAGCGCUCCUAAUCAUCGUAGAUACUGCGAACAAAUGAAAAAGGUUGUCUCAAUCUAUCUUAUUGAUCGUAGUACUAAUAUCGUGGAAAAAUAUAAAUUGCCAGUUUAUAUAUUGGAUAUGCAAUAUGGGGAGAGGAUAGACUUAUUUUAUAUUCAUUUGUAAAUUAAUUAAUAUAAUUCAAACGUAUUAUCCUUGUUUACUUUCCAACUUGUAAAACAUAUUAUAAUGUUCUUACCGCGUAACUUGCUUUUUAUUUUCCAUUUUAAGGCAAUUUCAAUUUAAUAACUCAGAUUGAAGCAAAGCAUAACAAAGAUAUUAAAUAUCCGCGUCAUUUUUUAUAAAAGGCUUUUAAUAGUAGCAGAAACAAACUUUUGAAUAUUGCAAAGUAACUAAUUUUUGUUGUAUCUACAAGCUAUUGUCUAACGAAAACUUUGAUAAGUCAUUUUGUUAUUAAUUGUAUUAUAUAUUAUUUUUUCAAUAAAUUAUACAGCAUUAUAAAUACAACCAGCAUCGAAGCAGAAUGUUAAUGUUAUAUUAUAGCUUCAAAUUUUAUGGCAAUAGAUACUGUUUGUUAAACAUUUAUAUUAAAACUAUGUACUCUACUGAUUGACUAUAUAUAACAUUUUGAUAUAUACUUAUCAUAAUUAAACGAUUACUUAAUGUAAGUAGUAAAAUUAUUCAUUAAUUUAUUUAUUAUGAUAAAUCUUUAAAAAUCGUGUUAUUUAACGUUUUAUUAUAUUGAUAUUAGAAGUUCACAAAUGAAAGCAUAAAGUGAUUAAAAAAAGAUACAGAUUUAUCCUAGAAUUACGUGAAAUAAACAACGUGGCACUACAUUGAUCAAUGUUGGAAGAUUUGUAUAGAUAGCAUUUGUUAAAUGAACUAUAUCUUGUUUUAACAUUUUUUUAUAAUUGUGCGCUAUAAAUAUGUAAUUACUAUUCUAUACCCUGGUUUUUAUUUAAAAAUGUAACUUUAUAUUGCAUAUAUUUUACCGUUCAGAUAAAUGAUACAUACUGAUAGAUUCUGCUCAACUUUAUUAAUCAAUUGAAUGCAAUGAGAAGUGAUAAGUGGAAAUUAUGUUUUGUAGAAUAGAUAUUCUUUUACUAGCUUGUCAUUUACAUGUUAUCAUUUUGGAACAAUAAAUUCGUUUCGUAUUAUUGAAUAAUUAAUUAUGUGUUAUAAAAGUAAUAUAUAAUAUGUUGUCUCCAUUCUUUAUUUUAGAAAUAUAAAUUUGCACAAACUGAAAAUGAAAUUUUGAUUAUAUAAUUAUGUCAUGAAUACUGUUACUUAUCACUUUUCAUCUUUUCAUCUAUGUUUAGUUAUGUAUAAAUUAAUACGAAUAUAUGUAUUUAUAUGUAUGCGCACGCAGCUUUACUUUUACAGAUCAGUCACUUUAAACAGCUUUACAAUAUAAAAUAUGUAAUGUAUUGAGAAAAAACAAUAAUUUACAUUUUUCAUGUGUUUGAAACAUUUUACUAUUUUAUAUACAAACACAGGUACUAAGAAAAUAUUAAAAGAUACUUAUCGCAGUUUACGAUUUAUGUCACAUAAUAUAGGGAAUGCCUACUGAUGACUUCUUCAAAACUGUUUUCAAGCUUACAUUUUUACAAGAGACUAUAUAUCACUAUGUAGUUCUUAUUAACUACAUGAUAAUUUAUGUAAGUGAGAACUUUUAAGGACAUAUAAAAGAUAAAAACAUCAUAUUCUUAAUCUAAGCAUAAUUCAAUUGUAUAAAUUGUGAAUAUACUAUAAUUUUUUAUAAUCAUUCUUUAGUAGAAUUAUAAUAUUGUUUAUUAUGAAUUAUGCGUAUUUUUGCUGAAGGUUACAACAUUAAAAAAGGAAUACAGUACAGAUUAUCAUAAGAUUGAGACAGCCAUUUUCUAUAAAUCAAUUUGUCUCUUAUAUGAUUAUUAGGCAUUCCAGAAUUUAACAGUUCAGUGAUUACAUUAUCAUUAAGAUUAUAACUUGAAUAUUGUAUAUACAACUAACCACUAACAUUCAAAAUAAAUUGCAUUAUAUAUGAUA